CUGCACAGACACCGGGGAAUGCCAACUUUUUUAUUUUGCCCCUGCACCGCUGUAGUAGUCGCACAUCUCUUUUUCUUUUCGCCGUCGUCAAUGCGCACUCGAAGGAACUCGAAUGAAAGCCGAAGCAAGGAAUAUGCGCAGCCGCCUCGUAUCCUCUCAGAACUAGGCCUCUCUAGAAGUGACAGAUAGGACGUUUCAGCAAGAGAAGUGAUAUAGGGCAGCAGUUCGACAGAGAUUGGGUUAGAGGUCAGUGAGUCUCAAAGGUUGAACGAACGUCCCUUGAAUACUGAUGAUGAAUACUAAGGGUCCUUCUUUCUCUCUAUGUUUCCUUAUGCUUGGCUAUAGGCACUAACACCCGGAACACACUAACGUGGGAGGCAUAUACACCAAGAAUGUCCUAAGAAAUACUCCAAGUUUCGCUCUUGCUCUUUCCCUCACCCUUACACAGCCAUCAAUACUGCCCACAGUGAUAUCGUAAGCUUCCUGUACUGAAAUAUCUCCGUUCCCUAGUACAUACUGCCCGUAGCCGUAUGGAAAAGUAGUCAUGGCCUGAAACCUGUGAGUGGAAGGCGAAAUCAAAGUAAAAGGUAAUUUCGUGCUUGACCAGUAAAGCACGCCCUACCGUCAAGAAGCAUACGACAAACUACUCGAACAGGGCUUACAAGAUAAGCGGACGUGGGUGGCUAGCUCAAACUGUAGGGAAACAAUUGAGCUACAGAAGUGUUAGCGCGCUUGAUAAGCAUAGUAUAUAAAUCAUGUUGACUAGAGUGGCUAAUCAGACAAAAUCAUAUUUAUACGCGAGUAUAUAUCUAGAAACAUAGGGGUACUUUUUUACCGUUUAAUUAUGUUGUACUCCAUUAAGAGAGCUGAAAGUUCUAUCCGCCAAUACACUGAUGAUAUGUCGCUUGUUACAUGGCGAAACUAGACGUAACAUUUGAGGUUUUGAAAAUAAUGUUUGAGAUAUUUAUGACGUGCGUAUGAAUUUAGCACGUUUGGUUGGCAGUACAAAGAGACAUUUGGCGGUGACAACUAUUUAAUCUCUCUAUUUUCGUUAUAAUGCCGUCGACACGUUUAGCUUUCUGUUCGUGUCGCUUUUCCAUCCAGUUUUUGCAACGUUCGGCUCACUCAGUGCAGUCUUAUACGUGUUCAAAUAAGUCGCUCUUGCCAACGUGAAGUCACAUUCAAACUUCCGCUAGCUAUGAGUAAAAAGAAUAGUGUUGAACCUAUAACGUGAACGUCGCGCCUGUUAUGUCCGCUUGCACAGAAAUAUAUUGCGCUUUGAUCUCUGUCGUGCUCAGUGUUAGGUUUAGUAUUCAUACCAUUCAAACGGCAACGGUAAUGUCAGGCAAACCCUCUGGAUGGUACCUGCAGUGGUACUAUCGCAGUGCCCGGACUGGCUACCACAGUACUAGAACUGGUAGGGCCUAAUAACCAUAAUGGCCUGUGAGGUAGCUCGCUGAAGCUGCUGGCGCUGCUACUACUAAACUCUGAAUAGAGAAAAACUGAAGCAGUACAGAGUGACUACGCUAGAGGGUUGGAGGUGAAAGCGGAUGACGGUUGGGCUGGGGGAAGGAUAAGUGUGCAAGAUAGAGGCACAGUACCAGCAACAUUUUUGUAUCGAGCACGUAGUGCGCUGCGCCCACGCCGGUGCGAGUGGGCCAUGAACAUUGAACAUGAGGACGACCCUUCAUGUGGCGAGGAAUUUACCCUAGAGAGACCCUCGUACCACAACCAGCAAGUCGGCUACCCUCUGACCCACAGGCCCCCGUUCGUCUCGUACACCAUAUCUAGAUCUCUAUACCCCACUGCGUGAAGCAAGUUUAGCAUCCGUGCUAUCAAAACGCAUACCUGCAGCAGUGGCAGCAGUAGGUAGGUUAUUUUGCAUCGCUCUUACACAAGGCUUUAUGCAGCAUAUAAGCAGCCGCAAAUCCUCACUACGUUUUGCCCACACUCUCUACUAAAUGUUUACUGUUUUGGCCUUAUAAAAGAAGUAAAUAUUCUCACGUACUUCAUGGGUCUCUAUUUGGUAUUUAGGCACAUUUGCAGGGCUCUCCCAGUGUGUACCGCGCGUAUAAAACACGGGUAUGGGUAGAGGCGUUCGUGAGGUUCACCAAGCACUCUGGGUCUAGUGAUCGUAGAUCGCUGUGCUGAUCUGCCUGUGUUUGGAUCUCCUGAAACAUUGUCGUAAGCUGCGUCAGCAACGGUAAUACCUUUUCUGGGUCGUCUGUAACGAAUAGAUGACCUACGAACGACGAAGUGUAAUGUAUAAUAGUAAUAGCAGUACGCUUUGUAAAUGCUUGCCUAUCUCCUCGAUGCGGUUACGAAGUAACGAAGACAUGGGAUAUAUAGUGCGAUAAAUACUAUCUGAUGCGGUUUUCUCACCUUCCAAGCCCCGAUCGCACGGAUAUGGGGCGAUCUUAUUGCACGAGAAUGUGAGUGAGCUGCGCACAAGACAACGAGUGACGGACGGGUUAGUAGCCUUAAUAUAGUACUUCCGCUUUCUCGUCCGUCCUCGCCUUUUCCGGUAGGCGACGUACGGCACGACAUAUCCAACAACUACAGCCACAUUGGAGGGUGUUAGUGAGGGCGCUGAUGCUGGUACGUUCAUGCGCGGAUUAACGACUUUCAACGGGGCUAUAAUGCUAACCUACUGACACAAAACCUGCCCAGUUGUGCAUGGUCAGGUCAUUUGAAGCUAAACAAAAGCUGCUAACGGGGCACGUGGACCUGCGUAACAGACUAUAGCUUAUCUGCUAUUAAAUAAAUAACUGUGGAAUUAGCUAAUCUAUCAGCUUUUAGAAGAACCAACGAUUGAGAGAACCGUAAGACGUCGCAUGGUAUGUCCAGCUUGUACAACACGAACAAAGUAUGUUACUUUUUACCAAUCGUUAUAGUAUCUAAUGUACAUAUAUAUAUAUAAUUAUCGCAGUAUAAGGUAGCUGAAAAAAUUCGGCGGAAAGUCGUUCCUCGAAGCAUCGCUGUCCUUAUUUCUAGCAACGUCCCCAAUGAGUAAAUGGAAUCGAAAAUAGACGAUGUCUUAUUAUAGGCCACUUCUCUCUAUAGCUGUCAAGCUAAUUCCCAUAGGUGAAAUGCCCACCUACCCAUAGUGCUGCUCAUAACAGCAAGUGGAGAAAGUAAAAAUCGAAUGCUCAUCGGAUCAGUAAAGCGCAAGGCCGUUUCUUUGCAUCUUGGAAAGAUGAUCAUCGCCGAUAAAACUCAUUUCAAAUGAAUGAGGAACACUUUAAUUGGGCAUGGUGCUGGCUGGAGCCUCCUGGAGGAGAGCUUUCGAGGAAGUUAGUCGAAACAAAUAAUUGGAAUCCGACACCCAGUACCAUCGACAAGUCUUCCGUUAUCUUGGAAAAUCUCGGUGAAGCUAACGACGAUGAAUCGUAGCGACUUCCUUCGACGCUAUUGGCAGUCGAAGGAAGUCGCUACGAUUCGAUAAGCGAGCGGGCGAAAGCAGUACGAUGCUGCACCUUGCGCCAGACCGAAAAAUCACUUAGAGCUCUCCUACCAUUCACUGCUCGACCUCAGACGUCUCCGCCUUAUGAAGGCCGCCGAUGCCUUUACGCUACAUCAAGCAUGUAGCUGACCAAGGCCGACCGCUGCGCCGUCUUACCAAGGAUAACGAACGGAGGAAAAUUGGAAACGGGAAAGAAUCAAGAGAAGAUGUAGGUGGCGGCGUGGCGACUGGGAUAAGGGACUCUCAAAUGCUGAGUCAUGGCUUGCCUGUGUAUCUGUCGAGCAACCGAACCACCAAAUUGUUGCUUAUGACCCUCGCCCCGCUCCCUCGGGACAAAGAUGGAGCAGCGCUUAGAUGGAGACUUACUGCGACGACUACUACAACUAUGGUCUCUACUGACAAGGAAAGGUCUUCUUGUUGCAGGCACCCGGCUGACCCCUAUUUUACCUCGCCCCAGCUACCUCGCUUCCGAAGACAUAACCUGCUGGGCGGCCAAUAUGAAAUGAACGCAGCACUAAUGCUGGCAAUAGCAGCAGCACUCGAGAGCACACAAUCUCUGAUGGCAUACCUGUGAGCGGAACAGGGAGACCGUCAAGCUUGAGGACAGUCGAAACCAAGAAAACUCAUCUCCAAUAGACAUCUAUAUAUAUAAUAGAAUCUCGAAACCAUACCAUGAUAAAAGCCAACCAGAAUCGUUGACAGCUCGUUGCCAUCUAGAAACGCCAACGGCAAAUUAAAAAAUAGCAUUAGAUUGUCUAGCUAGCUACGAUUAUAUGAAUUCGAUAGAUGGUAUGGUAUUAAUGGAUUGUGAUACUAUUCAUGUCUACCACCGAGCGAUCUGUGUACUCAUGUUUUCGAAAAUCCAAACAAAUAGACAAUGAUAGGUCUUCGAUUGCGCCUUCAUCACUUCAGUGCCAACGUCUUCAAACGAUAGCAUCAUUAUAUAGCAAGCUGUUAAACCUUAGUUUUGGUGAAUACGCUUUGAGAGGCACAAGCAGGCUUAUCCCUGUGGGAACCGUUCUGUAUAUAUAUAUAUACAUAUAUAUAUUUGUUAUAUUUUUGUAAUCCUUUUCUAUUUAGUGCUUUUUCGUCAUAUAUAUAGUUUAAAUAGCAAUUAAGCAUGCAUUAGCCAAAAGUCCUUCAUGCUAAUUAUACCGUUCUACAUAGGUAAUGCUGCGCUGAUAAUAUACCCAAUGCGGAACCCAUAAGUUGAUUUAUGCCUCACUACUUGUUUGAAUUAUGUAUGUAUAUUGGUGACCAUUACAAAUGAUCGUUGACAUCGGAUUAGUAGAUGAUAUCGAUGCCCACUUCGAUUCCUUAUCGAAUGAUUUCCGAAUAAUUAUUCUCACGAUUUUUACAUAGAGAAAAGUCAUCUGAAGUCGUAUAGCCUUCUGUUUAUGAAGGACGAAACAGCAACGAUAGCGGAAGGCCAGCCCUUGUCUGUUGGCCGAUGUCUAGCUUAUUGAUCUUAGUAAUGUUGGAUGCCAAAUUUGAAAGCUGUUUUGAGAUCGUCAUUCCUUUUGAGAAAGAAUGUAAACGCAAUGAGACCGUUCGGGUGGGCUAACUAAUUGGCUUAUACGUUUACCUCCCCGAUAUACAAAUUCAUAUAAAUUACAAUUGUGGGACUUCCCUAAGAAGUUAACGGUGUAGUCUUUUCCACAGUAACUUACGUUGUAAUUAUGAUGCAGUACAGUGGGCCUGUUCUAACAAGUAUGGUAAAGAUGUACUUUCUUUAGCCGUAACCUAGGUAGGUAAGAGAAUCGCCAGGUGGUGCAAAACGUGCAUGGUCGUGGCAAGGAACAGAACGAGCUGAGUAUAAUGUGUGAAAAAUAAAUGUCAUGCUACCGUAUUAUAUGUAGGAGGCGCAAUUAAACAGUGGUGGCAAACUUUUCCUUAAUAUUCCUACGUAUAGCACUAUUUUGAACACUAUAUUGCCCAUAAAGUCGCUUGGGGGCACGCUUGCUAAACAUGCUGCGGUUAGCGCUAACUGUAGAGACCCUCAGAUGUGUAUUUAUUCUAAAAAACUUUGUUUAGUCGUCGCUUGUGCCUAUGGUGUUGUUAGGGCUUUCUGUGUCGCGUACGUAUCAUUCUAACUAGCGUCGUAAAGUUGAGUACUUGAUAUACAUCAUAAUUCCUGAGUUUUACCGUUUCGUUAUGAUGAUGUGUUCCACAGUCAAUUGUUUAUAUAUCGAGAGAGCGAUUAUUUCGUUUGUACGUCCAAAGAGUAUUCUAUUAGAACCAUAAACAGGGCAUCAUCAUAAAUAGUGCUGAAGAAGAUCGCUACGGUCAGUACACAACGGAAAAGCAGCAUCUCUAAACGAGAAGGAACAGCCACGGCCACGUACCAGUGCCAACUAAGCAAACGCUAACCAGGGAGCAAUAGCAUGCCGCCGGUGUCAUUUGUCGAAUUAGGAUUCAGCGAAGAGCCUUCCGAUUCAGCGGUAGCCGAAAACGCACCUGUCGUUCUUCACUGCGCAGCCUUCUCAACGCCACACGUGGGAAAUCCGCAGAUCCGGUGGCACAAAGAUGGAUUGCCAGUCGAGCUGGACGAGAAGCGUCAUCGACUUCACGCUAACGGUUCAUUGUACCUAAAUUCAGUCCAGCGUCGAAGCGGGCGUACCGACGAAGGCCAAUAUCAUUGCCUUGCUUCGCUGCCUGACGUAGGGACCAUCAUCUCUAGACCUGCUAGACUAGUCAUCACCUAUUCGAUUCCGACGUUUGAGGAGCAACCUCAGAACGUGAGCCUGUAUGCGGGCCAAACAGCAUUUUUUCCCUGCUCCGUCUCGCAGGACCGGGCGCAUCGCUCCCCGCGAGUGACGUGGCUGCGAAACGGGGCUCCACUCCGCCUCGAUCCCCUUAAAAUGGUGCAGCUUCCAUCAGGAGCGCUAGAAAUUGACGCGCUCGUAGCCCAUGAUGAAGGACAAUACCAGUGUCAAGUUACCACCGGUGACAAGGUACGUCUGAGCUCAGUGGGCAGCUUAAAGGUACUGCCAACACCUCAACCUGGAUCGGUUGAAAAUGAACGGCGUAUACCGAGUGCGCCAGUUUUCAUCGCGCAGCCAUCGCAGGUGCGUGCAGUCAAGGGCGACCAGGUCACCCUCGACUGUGCCGCCAAUGGACAUCCUCGACCUCAUAUCUCAUGGCUAAAAGAUGGAGCUUCAAUCGAUAUGAGCAAUCUGGAUAGCCGAUUUCGAUUAGUCGGCGUAGGUUCACUUCAGAUCGAGAGUGUCCAAUCGCAAGACGCCGGAAGCUACAUGUGUCGGGCAGAAAAUCGGGAGGACUCGCUUGAUGCUAGCGCCACUCUCACAGUUCUUGUUCCGCCGACAUUUCGCGCUAAGCCGACGCCUCAAGCAGUGCGUGAAAAGGAGGAUGCUCUAUUUGAAUGUGACGUAUUUGGGGUUCCUGAACCCAAAGUUCAAUGGUUUAAAAAUGGCGAAUCGGUCCUUAUCACUGGUUACUUUCAGCUAGUGAAUGGACACAACCUACGAAUUCUCGGCAGUGUCCACAAUGAUCGUGGCGUAUAUCAGUGCCUUGCGGAGAACCAGGCUGGCACAGCACAAGCAUCAGCACAACUUGUUGUCCUUGAUAAAGACAAAACUCUAUCCCUACGCUCACUAUCAUCGCUAACGUUAGGCGGGAGUCCGGGCAAUACAAAGGAAGCGCCUUCAGCCCCUCGAGGAUUGACUGCUCAACUGGUAACUGCCAACAUUAUCUCGCUAUCAUGGCAGUCACCUUUACACAACGCCGACGGCAUUAUAACGUAUACUGUAUUAUAUAAAGCUGAAGGAUCGACCCGUGAGCGUGUCCAAAACACGACUCAACAUAAGCUAGAUGAGAUCAUCAUAAAAAAUCUCAAGCCAUCAACAAAGUACUAUUUCCGUGUGGUGGCCGUGGAUAAGGCCCACGGGAUGGGCGAAUCUUCGGAACCAAUUGCUGUUGAAACAAAUGCCGACAUCGCCAACAACGUUGUCGGCCCACCAUUGAACGUGCGCGCAAAUCCUAUUUCAACCAAUCAAAUUGCCGUCACCUGGGACCCUCCAGCAGCAUUGCCACCCAGGACGAUAAUUAACUAUUAUGAGGUAUACUACCAGGAGAUGAGUGCAAGCAGCUUCGUACAUGAGGAGCAGAAAAUGACAAGCCGAACGAGUCCGCUCACCCUCGAUAACCUCACUACGUUUGCCGAGUACACGAUCUGGGUGAAUGCUGUCACCCCAAACGGAACGGGGGUCUCAUCCUCUGAGGUUGUCGCAAGAACCUUUUCCGACACUCCCUCCGAAUCACCCCAAAACGUUACAUUGGAAAAAGUAAAUGGUGGAACCUCCUUAAUCGUGCGCUGGGAACCCCCGCCUCGUGAACAGCAAAAUGGAAUUUUAACCGGCUACAAGAUCCGCUAUAAGCAACCGGACCAACGGGACCGUCGGCGGGGAGAAAUUAUCACAACGGAUGGAAACCGUCGUUCUCAUACGAUUGAGAAUCUCAAAAAAGGCGAGGUAUACAUGGUAAAGAUUGCUGCCCUCACGGUCAAUGGUACCGGGCCUGCUACCGACUGGAUCUCCACCGAUAGCUAUCGAGCCGAACCCGAGGAGAACAAUGUGCCUGAUCAACCAAGUUACUUAAGAACGAAGGCAUCAUCCCGCAGCAUUACAGUAGGUUGGCUACCUCCUCGAGAGACAAAUAUUAUGGUCCGGGGCUACCGCAUCGGGUGGGGACCCGGUAUUCCCGAUGUGCACACAUCAAAACUCGAGGGAAAGCAACGGUAUUUUACAAUAGAAAACUUACAGCCCAUGACGGAAUACGUGAUCAGCGUUCGAGCAUACAAUCGUAUUGGUGAGGGCCAAUCUCUUCAAGAUACAGUCCGAACUUUACCGGAGGCUCAAGUUACUUCUCCGGCCUCACUUGUGCCACCUGUUGGCCUUAAAGCGGUGGUAUUAUCGCCUACAACGGUCGUUCUGUUCUGGAGCGACACAACCAUCCCCCUAGGGCAAACCAACGGUAAUCGGCAAUAUCAAGUUCGGUACAAGGCAGUCAGCUCAUCAAAGUACAAGUUCGCCAAUUCGACACAACUUAACUGCAUGAUCGAUGAACUGAGGCCCUAUACACAGUACGAGUUUGCCGUCAGGGUCGUGUUACGUGGACGACGCGAGAGUGCCUAUAGCAUGGCGGUGUUAAAUACUACACAUGAAGCUGUUCCAGAGAGCGCCCCUCGGGAUUUUACGAUCGACGAAGACUCGGAGCCUGGUACCGUCACUCUUCACUGGGGUCCGCCAAAAGUCAGCAACGGUAUUAUCACGAGUUAUUCAAUCGCCUAUACUACCGAGCCGUCAUUGAAGGACCGCGAUUGGUUAAUGGAAGUUGUCUCUGGAGAUAAACUGACAACAUCGAUUAGCGGACUUCACACAGAUAACAGAUAUUACUUUAAGAUUUACGCGAACACGUCGAAGGGAGCGGGACCGAUGUCGGACGCUGUGGCUCACCAUACAGGCAAACGCUUCCAGACGACCAUCCUUGGACCCAAUACGACUUUUGGUGGACUUUUCGCGUCGAACGUCACGCUCUUGGUUGGGGCAGGCGUCGGACUUAUCUUGUUUCUACUCCUGCUAACAGCGUGUGCACUUCCUUGUCGUCGGAAGGAUCCUACGACUACGCAGAGCGCACGAAAAGACAAGACGUCCAAGAUGGUCGCUGGAACGACAUCUCUGGGAGAUGAAAAGCCGCCAGAUCUUUGGAUACAUCACCAUGAUCAGAUGGAAUUGAAAACUUGCAAAGGAGAGAAUCUACCACCGGACGGAGUGACGUCAAAUAGGAAUUCGCAAGAUGUUUCUUCAAUCGAAGAUCAUUAUCUGGGCACUUUAGACAAGAAGAAAUCUCUCUAUAUGGACUCCGGAGCGAGUGAUUCCGGUGGAAGUAGUAGCUGCCGCACGGAUCGGCCUCUACUGCCUAAGUACCCCACAAGUAAUCAUUCCAGACCGACUUCGGUCGAUCCCGCCCUCAAACCGCUACUCUACUCUUCUCCAUCAAUUGAACCGGGUAGUUCCGCUACUUUGGGUCGGCCAUAUCAUCAGCGGGCCAGCAAUCAGUAUUCAACCGGACCACGAGCUCAUAUCAUGAUGGACUCUCUACCUCAUCAUAUUGACGGAUUGACUACUUUAUCACGACAUCAUCCUUUACCCAGUUCGACGUAUGAAACCGUGAUGCCUCCAUUGCCAGGGGUGAUGCCCAGCCAUGGCGCUCAUACUCUGGGGGGUCACGGCAGCCAAAUGUCGGGAGGUGGCCAAGUGCCCUCGUAUACGUCAGCACUGCUCGCAGCAAAUGCGGCAGCGGCCGCUUCAUUAGCGUCACAACAACACCAGCAGCCUCCGCCUCCACCACCGCCCCAUAUUGUGGCGGGCUACGAUACGAUAGGUCGUCAGCAACGAUCGGCACAGGGCGCAGCAGGCUUCAAUCAAAUGCGAAGUUUUAGCGUUCCUUCGGGCACACAGGGCGGGCCAUCUACACCACCACCGCCCAAGCAUGUCGUGGUGCGACCUCAACCAUCGUCAGCGGGGGGUAUGAUGCAUAAUUCGGGGAGUCCGCAGAAGGGUGCGAGCGCGGGUGCGCCUGGGGCCGGUGCUCCCCAUGCUAUGAAGCGAGUCCUCGUACCCAACGGAGCCCCGCCGGGCCUUCGUGACGACCUCAAUACGCCCUUCAAUGAGGAGCUGGACGCGCAGAUGGCAAAUCUCGAUUGUCUCAUGAAGGAUCUCAACGGAGUUAUUGUUAGCUCAUCGGAAUUUGAAUGCUAGUCAAGUUGCAGGUUAAAGAAUCUUAGGCAGCGACUACCGAUCACAACAAAUUGUUUGGCUAAUCUACGCCAAACGAUACUUAGGGUAGUCCAAUCUUUGCCUGACGGUCCCGCUUAUCAGCGAGUCCGACAACCAAUGCGUGAGGGAAACGUGGUACGGUCAGAAAGCCGCAAGAGACAAAAAUGGACUAAAAAUCCAACCUGAUAUCAUAAUCAGUCCUCCAUUUUUAGACAGGCACUGUGUGUAGGACAAAACUGGCACGAGAUAGAGGUCUGGAAAAUUAAGCGACUAUUAGCACAAAAAUACAGUAGAUAGCCUUGAUUGACGAAGUUAUGUACGUGGCGCGCCAGCAGCCUAAAAACGAUACGAAGAAGGACAAGUGAUGAAAGCUUCAAAUAAUUCUUUUCUGUGCUGGCGUUAAUGAUGCAGCAAGCAUUGAUCGAUUGAAUGCGAAUGGCCUAGAACGACGGCAAGCCGACUGUCCCGUGGUAGUUAGUGGUUGCGGGGCCCGUUCAAAAGGCCGUCACGAACCUGAUGACGACGGUAAAGUCGGACUGGAAUGGAGCGAGAGAAUAAAUAAGCCAGCUUAAAAAAAAUCAAACAAGGCGAGAGAACAGCCUGCGAAGAGUCUUAGAAGAAGAAGGAGCUGCAGCGAUAACGAACCCUAUAGAUAAUGGUAUAACAGUAUUAAUCGCAAGAUAUGAGUAAAGAUAAUUAAUGAACUUACCUUGAGCAGAUAUAGAAUGCAGAAAACCAGUCAGUUCUCAGGAGAGCUGUACGAUAUUGCGGUUUUGAGGACCGUCUCUGAACGGUAUGCCUAUAUGUGUGAGUGUGUUUAUUCAACCUAAAGGACAACUGCCGCCUACGCUCCCCGGAAAAUAUGAUUAGUUUUCGUCAGCUUUACUCUGGAAUGGCAGGAUAAUUGACUAGCUGCAAGAUAUGUAUGGAUAAGAUGAUCCUUUUCCUCUCCAAUUGCUCACACGUGAACCAAUGGACGAAGCGUAUGUAUAUGUGUGUUUGUCUAACAGCCAAAUACAGAUGAUAUGGUAGAAAAACAAUGAAAUGAGCACGUGACGAACCCAUGGGUGGGAAUGGCUUUCGUAUACGAGCUGGCUCGACAAAACAUCAAACAUGGUUUACGCUAUACACAUUAGAUUUGUGAUCGUGUGGACGUAACUGUAAUAUAGGAGAAGCCGUUCAGCGUGUACAGAAACAAGGCAAUGUAAAUGUACUGGUGAAACAAUAAGGCUAGGUGCGCCUUUAAUCAUCUUAAUGAUGAUAAUAAUAGUGUGCCGUAUUAAUAUUAUUUAAUUUCAUUGGGAAACAACACUGUGUCACGCUGUAGCAAAUUUUCUUUUCUUUUAUCGUUAUCAAAUAAGAAGUUCACUCAUAUAUUAUCCAGUGAAGAAAAAAAAACCUAAUACAGGUGUAAGGUGUUUCUGGACAUCAGUGAAACGUGAUUUAUUCUACUGCGGUAAAGAGGCAAACAAUUUAGGCAUCAACUCAAUUGGACAGUUUGAUUCAGGGUCCGACGCUGCAAACUGACGUCCGGACAAUUUUUCUUAGCUAGAUAAAGUAGUUCUUUGGGUUGAGAGUUUGUAAACUUGACAACGAAGUGAUAUAAUUGUAGCGGAGAACGGUGUUAAUCAAAAACAUAUUAUUCACGUCAUUAUCUUACUACGUUCCUCAAUGUGCUAUCUAUUAGAUAAUCGUAAGUCGUUCAUGGUAUAUGGAAAGGUCAUGUGCUGAUCUAACAAGUCCGUCGUUCCGGAGAAACUUACAAAAAACAGAUAUUUAUCUCCAAAUUUCCAUUGUAUAAUAUUGACAGAACAAUAAAAAUAGGUUUGCCUGACUGGUAGGCGACAAACCUACCGCUGUUGUGCGUUUGUUGUUUCCCGUAAAUUUGGUGUCAAAGGAAACGUAACAAGGCGACAUUCAUUUUGCUACGGUAACUCAAUUACUAGCAACUCCUGUUACUUUCUAAUUGUGUUUGUUGUUCGACUUCGCGGUUAUACGCCUCCAGACCCUAUGUGAUUAUAAAUCUGCUUUUUGUUAUUGCUGGGAAAAAUUGAGCAAUUACAAGUCGUACAAAACGUUUUCUAAAUGGCCCGUUUUUUUAGAAAUGUAUUUUAACGCUUUAGCUAAUGAUACUGUUUUGCAGAUCUGAACUAAGAGAGUUAUCAGGUAGAUCUUACUUGCUGCUACUUACUUAGCUUGUGCUGAGUACGCUCAUGCACUUAGAAGAAAACAAAAUUAGAGUAUUCUUUUUCGAUAUUAAAAAAAAAAAAGAGAAUGGAAGGCCA